CAUGAUUAAUGCACUAGGUAUAUACCAGAUCUGGUUCUUAUAAUCUAACUACCACAACAUUUAACCGUGCAGUCAACUCUCGUCUUAAAUAUUUCUCAUGUAUGUAUUUAUUUUGUAAUGUUUAUAAACAUGGUCAAUCCAAUCCAACUGCUUGCUUUAUUUAUUGCUUGUUGUACAUAUGUAUAUACAAGCUUAUAUUAUUUUUGUAUCGUUUAGUUACUUACUGUAUCCCUUGUUAUGCAAUUACAUAUAUAAAUCCUCUCUGGUUCUCCUUGCUACGGUUUGUUUCUCUUUGUUUACUUUUAUUUGGUCUUUGUUAAACAUAAGAAAGAAGUUGGGAAAAUCGGUUAAAAUUCUGUUCACAUUCACACAAUCUCCAGUCCAGACAUGUGUUGGUGACAGUUACUUGGUUAUAGUUGGAUAGAAUGAAACCAAAAAUAUUUUUGGGAUUGAGGUUAUAAGGAGCAUUAAAUGAGGAAGGGUCUUCUCUUAAGAAGAACUUGCGAGGGGUUAACUUUUUUAAACCAGUUUAUUCCAGUUUCUUUCUUCCUAAACAUAAGUUAUGUAUUAUUGUUUAGAAAGAGUUUAAGAAUAAAUAAGCCAUUAAGACUUGUGCCGUCGCCAAUUCAUCACUUAUCUGCGAUUGAUUGAACUGUAAUAUAAUGGUUAUUGAUCUCUAAUAAUAAAUUCUAUUCGAUGCAUGGAUUUGCGUCACUGGCAUGUUUUACAAGGAUAAAUAAUGUAGCAACAAAUUGGUUCGUUAUCGAAGUAAAGCUAAAAGCUAUUGAUUUCGUGUGGUGAUAUAUAAAAUUCUGGUGAAAGUUUAACCGAGAAAGUACACCCACCCACGUAGUUAGUUAUCGUCGUAACCAUCAUGCACAUUUUUACGCCAUCCCCCGAAUCGGGGAAAGCCGAUAUUUUCUCGGAGGAGACAACCACCAGGAGAAAAUCCCGAGCAAUGCCGAUGUUAAUCGUUCAUGAAGACAAGUUGAAGGAUAACACGCCAGGAUGGGACUUUUUGCAAAAAUAUUGCAUAGCGUUUAUGGCUGCGGCUAUGGCAGAAACAGUAACUUAUCCUUUGGACCUGACAAAAACUCGGAUGCAAAUUGCUGGCGAGUUGCAAAAGUCCAAGACCGGACUGCCAAACCCACAGCAACGCAUAGGAAUGGUACGAACUGCGUUAGGAGUUAUUAAAGGAGAGGGAUUUUUGCAUUUGUGGAGCGGACUUUCACCAGCACUUUACCGACACGUCAUUUACUCCGGGAUAAGGAUGGCAUUAUACGAAAAAAUUCGGGAUGAUAUUUUUGGCAGGGAACCAGACGGGUCAUACCCCAUUCAUAAAGCAGCACUCACUGGUCUGAUUGUGGGUGGAUUCGCCCAAUUCACAGCUAACCCAAUGGAUCUGGUUAAAGUUCAGUUGCAAAUGGAAGGCCGUCUCCGUUUAGAAGGGAAGCCACCCAGGGUCAAAGGGGUGUUUGAAGCAUUGACCAAAAUCUGGAAGGAGGGUGGCAUCCGGGGAUUGUGGCGUGGCUGGGUCCCCAACGUGCAACGAGGUGCUCUGGUGAAUUUGGGCGAUUUGACGACGUACGACUCAGCUAAACGGUUUCUUUUAAGAAAUACAAAUAUGAAGGAUGGCACUGGAGUGCACAUUUUGUCCAGUUUGUUGGCCGGACUCACCGCAACGAUUAUGGGGACGCCAGCGGAUGUCGUCAAAACCCGAAUUAUGAACCAACCUACAGAAAACGGGGUGGGGUUGUAUUACAAGAAUUCGAUGGACUGCCUCCAAAAAACGGUCAAGAACGAAGGCUUCUUUGCUCUGUAUAAAGGAUUCCUUCCCAUCUGGAUGCGACUGGGACCGUGGUCUCUCACGUUUUGGGUGUCAUUCGAAUGGCUCCGUAGCUCCUUUGGCGUUAAAGGAUUUUAAUUGCUGAAUCUAGUCAACCACAAUUAUUUACAUAGUCUACCAUACCAACCCGUAAUUAAUCAGAUAUGUACGUAUCUGUACUAGAGAGACUUGGCAUGUGCCAUAUUAAAUAUCUUUAAUUAGUUUAAGUGUUAAAAUUAGUGUUGAUGAUGAGUUUUCAAUGGGUGAAGAUGAGUUGGCCUUUAAUGCAGUAUAAUUAGUACCAACUUGUGGAAAAUUGAAUUUUUAAGCAUUUUUAGACUUUCAGAUCAAUUUGGGAUGAAAUGGUACAAGGUAAAAUAAAUACAAAAAUUAUAAAUUCUUUUAAUUUUUUUAGACAAAUGUGUAAACGAGACAGAAAUCAACUUAUAGACAAGUUGGCCCAUAAAUUAUGAAUUUAUAAUUUUUUAUUUCGUUGGAAUUUAUACCAUUGCACCCAAAAUUUAUAUGUGAGUUCAAAAUUGCUUAAAAAUUUAAUUUUGCACAAGUUUGCGACAAACUUGUGCAAAAUUAAAUUUUUAUUUAAGGCCAACACAUUUAAAACUCAUCGUCAAAACUAAUUAAAACGUCAAAAACUGGAGUAGAUUUAUUUCUAUAGGCAGCAAAUAUUUACUGACAAAAAUCUAUAUGUAUAUGAAUAUACUGGUCUUCUAAAGAAAUUAUCACAUAGUCUGAACUAGAUUUUUAUAUAUAAUCGAUCCUCACGUGAUGGAUAAUGCACACAGAUAAAUAAUUGUCAGCAUUAACCAACUGUAUUUUAGUACCAUUGUAGAUAUUGAAACAGAACAACCAAGUAAUUAACUGGUUUAGUUAUGCUAUGUGUAAAUACUUGCAUGAAACAGAUCUAUAUCCUAUGAAACAAAUGUCUGAUCACCAUUGUGACAAAUGUGGCAUUUCGAUAAAUGGGUAUUUUCGAAACAGUAGUCAAACUAUUUUGUCAAAAAGUUAGCAUAGCAUUUAAAAAAUAGUCGUCCUGAAGAAACAAUUGACUAAUAAAUAGUCUACCAAAACCGAAACAAUAAAUUAUUAAAGCUCACACAAACUAUUGGCAAAUUCGUGAUUUAUGAGCCUUUCACAAAACAAUAGUCACCAAAAAUUUGGUCCUAAAUUCUAAAACUGAUAGAAAACUAUAUAUAAUAUUUCAUAAUUAUAAGGCAGUACAAUCGUAAAAAUACGAGUCUAUCAUUACACAACUGCAAUGUCGUCUCUCUCCAAAAUAGUCGCAGUACAGUGCAACUGAUAGAAUUUAUUAGUAAAUAUUAGUCAAAGAUCAAUUAUCAAAUAUUAAAUAUUAGUCAAAGAAUGGCAAUUAUCAAUCAAAUAUUUUUGGAACUGAUGAUGAAUGCAAAUCCAGCUAAUACAUUCUUCCACACAGCGAAAUGACCAAUCAAACUCGGGCACUGAAUUAAUUGUCUACCUUGAAUCGUUACUGUAUAAAUUAAUAUCAUUUAAUGAAAUUACUUCAAUUUUUGUACGUAAUAUAUGAACAAGAAAUUAAAAAGUUUAUUCCAAUUAUAAAUAUUUAUUAGUCAAUUUGUUAAUUUACAGAAUAAUUAAUUGUGUCUGUCAUAAAUAUGUGUUUUAGAUAAGUAAUUGAUAAUGGAAUGUAUCAAGUCUUCAGGUUUUAUGUUUGUCCUAAAAUAUAAAUAAUUGAUUCGGGCACUUGAACGGGUGGGUACAUGAACCAAUUUAUGAAGUUCAAAUGGAUUAUAUAACGCUACAAAAGUUAGCUCAAAGCUGUGAAAACCAGAUCAGCCAGGAAUAAAAAGUGUAGAAAAAUGAA